CUGGAGGCUUCUGUGGAUGCUGAGAAACAUUAGUCUGGCACUUUCAUCGCAGGGAUGAAUCAGUUUUUGGGCUUGCUUGCCGUGGGUCUCACCCUCUUCCUGCAAUGCCAGGUUGCUGAACCACGCUUGAGUAAAAGAUUUAUAGAAAAAUAUGUAAGCGAAGCAAAGGCCAAUGUGGACGCAGCCUAUACAUACUCCCGCCGAGUGAGCAUUGACCGGGUGAAGAGGAACGCAGCAAGCCCCGCAGACGUCCUGAGGCUGCUGAAGCAGCCCAGUGGACUGUCCAGAGAGGCGGUGCGCGCUGCAGACUACAUGGACUACUCUCUGUAUCUGAUCAAGAGCUCCCUGUCCAAACGUCACAGACGCUCCAUCAACGCCACAGAUCUGAUCUCUGCUGGGGAUCUGGAAGUGAUCGCCAGACUGACAGGAUGCUCUGCACAGCUCAGAAAUAUUUCUUGUGAGAGCAUCCCUAAUCUGGACCAGUUUCGUACUGCAAGCAGCGUCUGCAACAACAUUAAAAACUUCCGCUGGGGUGCCUCCAACAUCCCAUUCCUCCGCUGGUUGCCCGCUGAGUACGAAGAUGAACUCUCUACUCCUAAAGGCUGGACCCAUGACCAGAGAGUCAACAAUCAUCUUCUUCCCUUUGUGAGAGAAGUGUCCAACCGUAUCCUGUCAACAGCUAACUCUGAUGUGGACAGUGACCCCCUCUACACACACCUGGUGACAAUCUUUGGCCAGUGGACCGACCACGACCUGACCUUCACCCCUCACUCUCCCUCCAUCAGGUCAUUCAAUGAUGGCAUUGAUUGCGAAAAGACCUGCAGCAACACAGAGCCGUGCUUCCCCAUAGAGUUUCCCAAAAAUGACCCUCGCUUUGAGGAUCAUGCUGAGGAGUGCAUGCCCUUCUCCCGCUCUGCACCAGCUUGUGGUUCUGGUAACACAGGAUACAUCUUUGGAUCACCCACUGUUCGCCAGCAGCUCAACACGCUGACAGCCUUCAUCGAUGUGGGUCAGGUCUAUGGUUCCGAUGACAGCAAAGCUCGCCUGCUGAGGGACUUCAGUACAGAUGAAGGUUUAUUGAGGGUCAAUGAAGAGUAUAAAGACAGCGGCCGGGACCUCCUGCCAUUCACCACCAUGGGGGCCAACAUGUGUGCCACAAGGGGACGCAUGACCAAAAAUAGCAGUGCAGAGGAGGUGCUGUGCUUUUUUGCUGGGGAUGACCGUUCCAAUGAAAACAUCGGACUGGCUUCUUUGCACACCCUGAUGAUGAGAGAGCAUAACCGUCUGGCCCGCGCCCUCGCUCAGCUCAACCCACAGUGGAACGGAGAGAGGCUUUACCAGGAAGCCCGCAAGAUUAUGGGCGGGUACCUCCAGGUUAUCACCUACAGGGACUGGCUCCUCCACAUCGUCGGCCCAGACGCCAUUUCCAAGCAGUUGUCCACCUACCCUGGUUAUGAUGAAAAUAUAGAUCCCAGCAUCUCCAACGUGUUCGCCACAGCUGCCUUCCGAUUCGCUCAUCUGAUGGUUCAGCCCUUCAUUUUCCGUCUUGACGAGAAUUACGAGGAUCACCCAGAUUAUCCCACCCAGCUGCUGCACAGAACCAUGUUUGCUCCUUGGAGGGUCGUCUUUGAAGGUGGCUUGGACCCAAUCGUGAGAGGGCUGAUAGGUCGUCAGGCUAAGCUGAACACGCAGGAUCACAUGAUGACUGAGGAGCUGAGGGACAGACUUUUCAAAUUCUCUGUGGAGCUGGCGCUGGAUCUGGGAUCUCUAAACCUGCAGAGAGGAAGAGACCAUGGACUCCCUGGUUACAACAAAUGGCGAGAGUUCUGUGGUCUGUCCCAGCCAAGGACUCUGAAUGAGUUGGCGAAGGUGUUGAACAACACAGAUUUGGCCCAGAGACUUCUGGAUCUCUAUGGUACACCUGACAACAUUGACCCAUGGCUGGGAGGAGUGGCUGAGCCGUUUGUCCGUGGAGGAAGAGUUGGACCCCUGUUUGCCUGCCUGAUUGCCACUCAGUUUCAGAAGAUCCGGGAGGGAGACCGGUUUUGGUGGGAGAAUGAUGGUGUCUUCACUGAGGCUCAGAAAGCAUCACUGAGGGAUACAUCACUUGCAAGAAUCAUUUGUGACAACACUGGGAUCACUGAGGUUCCUGAAAAACCAUUCCAGUACCGACCCCGAGGCUCUGGAUACACCCAGUGUGACGACAUCCCUGCAUUUGACCUCAGUCCAUGGAAGGAGGGCGGCCCAGGAGAGCCAAAAGCACCUACAGAAGGUCAGCGUGGACCCCCUGGACCAGCAGGACCCAGAGGACUGCCAGGUCCACCAGGACCUCCUGGACCCCCUGGCACAGCAGAGAAAGUUGCUUUCUCUGUGCGCCUGGGUAACAACUACCCCAAACCUGGCACCCCCAUCCCCUUCCAUGAUGUCAUCUACAAUGGACAGGACAGCUACGACAUCAAGACCGGCUUUUUCACCUGUGAGCACCCAGGCGUCUACGAGUUUGAGUUCCACUGCACCAUCUACGAGAAUGCAGGCAGCGUGGAUCUGCUCCGUAACGGAGAGCUGAUUCUGCACUCAUUCACCACCCGCCAGAGCGGCUACAUCACGGCCAGCGGCAGCACCUUUAUCAAGCUUGAGAAGGGAGACAGGGUGUGGCUGGUGGCUAACCGUGGUGGCAACGGACUGACCAGUGACAGCUACUUCUCUGGUCACCUGCUGUUCACUGAAUAGGAGGAUGUUAAAAUACUUGUCCAGUAUAAGCUGUCCACAUUUAGAAUUUAAAGUACAAAAGUAAAAAACUGAGUCAAAAUGAAGUAACAAAACUGAUUUAUAUGUGUGAAUGAAGGAAAAUUUAAGACUCAAAUUGAAGUACUUCCAUCAAUUCAGUAUUUUAUGCAAAUCUUUUUAUUUUUUUUUACAGAAAAAAAUCACUUGUAUGUAUGUGGUCUUGAUAAUCAUUUUAAAUGAAGAUGCACUGAUAUUGCAGCUACACUUUAAAGUAAAGAUCUUAAGAAUAUAUUAAAUUUCAUUUUUAUUUAACUGCACAAAAAAUGUGAUUAAUUUUAUGUUUUAAUAUACCUGACCUUUAAGCCUUUUAAAAGCCUUGCUUAUGUCUGGCAGAAAAUUAUAAGGCAUUGUGUAUGCUUUUAGCAAAUUCUUUGGAUCAUACUUGUGUUUGUCCUGCAUUUGAAUGGAAAUCUUGGAGUCACUUUAAAUUUGUAAUU